GUUGGAACUACAAGUCCCAAGAGGCCCCGUGCAGCCACCCCGCCCCACCGGAAGAAGGGUGGCCGAGGUGGGGGAGGAGCCACAAAAGGGAUUGUGGGAGAAAGGCUUCUUCCUUUCCUCUGGCGGCAGCCAUCAGGUGAGCCAGGAUGGGUGCAUACAAAUACAUCCAGGAGCUAUGGAGGAAGAAGCAGUCGGACGUGAUGCGCUUUCUCCUGAGGGUCCGCUGCUGGCAGUACCGCCAGCUGUCUGCGCUGCACAGGGCUCCCCGCCCUACUCGGCCUGAUAAGGCGCGAAGGCUGGGAUACAAGGCCAAGCAAGGUUAUGUUAUUUACAGGAUUCGUGUCCGCCGUGGUGGCCGCAAACGCCCAGUUCCUAAGGGUGCAACUUAUGGCAAGCCUGUCCACCAUGGUGUUAACCAGCUAAAAUUUGCCCGAAGCCUUCAAUCUGUUGCUGAGGAGAGAGCUGGACGCCACUGUGGGGCUUUGAGAGUCCUGAAUUCUUACUGGGUUGGUGAAGAUUCCACAUACAAAUUUUUUGAGGUUAUCCUCAUUGAUCCAUUCCAUAAAGCUAUCAGAAGAAAUCCUGACACCCAGUGGAUCACCAAACCAGUCCACAAACACAGAGAGAUGCGUGGGCUGACAUCUGCUGGCCGCAAGAGCCGUGGCCUUGGAAAGGGCCACAAGUUCCACCACACUAUUGGUGGCUCUCGCCGUGCAGCCUGGAGAAGGCGCAACACUCUCCAGCUCCACCGUUACCGCUAAUACACGUAAUGUUUGUAAAAUUCAUACCCAAUAAACAAUUUAGGACAGUCAUGUCUGCUUAAAGGUGUUAUUUGUCUGUUAAAAGUAGUCUGCUGAUUGUCAUGAGUGCUUUGUGGAAAUAUCCAGGUUAAAGUGCAAUAAUUGUUUGAAGGCUACAAGUGAUGGUGUAUCUUGUUUCUGAUAAACUUUCUGUCUUGCAUUAUUUGCUUAGGGGAUUAAGUAUAUCGUGUUUACGCCCUGUGGUAUCCUGUGUGUAAAAUGCUGUAGGAGUCCUGAAACUAGUCCUAGAUGUGUUUGGUGCAUGUGUCUCAGAAGAGGCAGGUAAACUUGUUGGCGUUUCAUGUUCUGUUGGGGCUCUGGAGUAUGGGCUUGAUGCCCAGUGCUCGGUGUUCACACCUGUGGAUUUUAAAGCUGGAGGGGUGGGACAGAUCAUUUUCCUUAGGAUUUGUAAGCUAGUUAGGCUGCUGUGUGGGGUUAGUACCAAGCAAACUUACGUUGGGAUCGUGUUAGUAUGCAACCACUACAAAGCAGCUGUGUAGUGGCACGUGCCUUUGACCCCAGCACUUGGAUGCACAUCUCAGUUCCAGGGUUACGUAGAGAAACCUUGUCUUGGAGGGGCCACACAGACUUCCAGUCAAUUCCUCUAGAGGGUAAGAAAACUGAAUUGGCAGUAAGAUUUCGUUGUUUACAAUCUGCCCUUAGGUAGUACCUGAGGUUCCUGGUCCCUGAUAAAAUACCUGGACAUUCUUGACAUUUCACAAAGGACACACUUAUCCACCACAUUGUUUUACAUUUGUUUCUGCCAUGCCUUGGACUUUCCCCACAGUGAGUUUGGAAAAAAUCAGGUGGUAUUGCCCAAAUCACACAUCCGAGUCUUAACAGCUGGCUUGAUGUCAAAAUCUAAUUGUUUUUCUUAAACUGAUUUUUCUCUUGAAAUUUCAAAGGAUUUUAUUGAUUUCCAGAAAGUAACUAGACUUGAAAUCUUGAGACCUAGAAUUCUUUUCUAUUCAGCAAAAUAUAUCGUGUAUAGAGGUUGUUCAACUAAAGUAAUAAAUGUCUGUUAAACAA